UCUCAGAAAGAAUGAGGCUCGCGCAAAUUCUGCACGGGCGCCGGCGCACGGGCGCUGAAUCCGGCCCUCGUGAACACGCAGGAACCCUGCCGUCCCAUCCCUUCAGUUCCGACUUGGCCGCAACACGGGACGUACGCGCGGCCCCUUUUCGGUAUCUCGCGUCUUUCGCAUCCCUUCACACACCGGCAUCGAAGAGGAACAUGCCCUACCUACCCUAAUAACCCUGGGCUUCUUUAUCACUGCGGGUUGCCUUCCAUUUGGAACCGUUUAAAGACGCUUAACUGGUCGUCAAGCUCUAAUUUGCUCCAGAAAUUUGUGAUACCCAUGCAUUUUCUCCGAGGGACCGAUGGCCAUUGGUUGAAUUCUUGAACCUAUUAAGUUUUUUCAAGAAAAUUCAGCUGAAAAAUCAAACGGCCCUGAGUGUCGGCUGAGCGUUGUUAAGGAUUAAUUUCUCUAUAGCUGUACUUUCUUGUGUAUUUUAAAAUUAUUGAGGCCUGAAAAAUUGCCUACUUGCAAAGUUUAGUUUUAGCUGAAAGUUUUGAACGGGUUAGUGCGCGUUAUUUUUAUUUUUUUCAAUUAUUUUCAAUAAUUUGGAAGAAAUAUUUUAGUUUUUGCUCCAUUGAGGGGUGAACAAAAAUUUGUGAUGGAAAAUUGCACACUUUUGUGCGUUUUAUAAAAUAUACUAUAUGUAUAAUUCUUCCAAGUUCUAUAAGUUCAAAAUUCAAACGUUCUUGUGUCGAUGAAGAUUCAUUUUAGUCUCUUACCUUGAUUCCAAAUAUCAGUGAUCCCUGUCAGUCACACUAUUUGUGUUUGGAUUUGAAUAAAGGUUGUGGUGCACUUUUGGAAAAUGUGAAUGAGGAGCCUUAACUCAUUUUUUAGUGUGACGCGAUUUUCUGUUCUCAGUUUAUAUUUGAAAAAAUGAAGUGAUUUCAACUUUGUUUCCACUAAGUAUUAGAGCUCUAAAGAUAAGUUGAAACAGUGUUUUUUGGAAUUUCGCCAAGGAACUAUACGACCAACUUUACCCCAGGAAACUUUACCAUAUCAUUUUCAGGAUUCUUCGAUUCCGCAAUCAAUUUUACGAGAUACCUCGAGAUGGUUCGUAAACGGAAAAUCGACGGGCCGACCUACUCAAACUAUGCCCUCAUUCGAACUCAAACGGCUUCAAUCUUCAGUUCCGCUAAGUCCGUCAAUCACCCUUCGGCUUAUGUGCGGAUGAAUCAUAUCUAACAAUAAUUCAUUCAUUUGCUCACACAAAUCCGUUAUCAUACUGAUUAGUUGGGUUGCUCAGGUUAGUUUUUACAAAAAAAUGUAGGUUUUAUUAUUUAACCUAUCCGUCAUUGCUUGAAGCAUUCUCUCGUUCAAGUUCAACCAAUCUGUGAUAUUCUCGAUAGAAAAAAUCCCGUUUCGUUGUAUUUCAAUGAUUUUUAAAGAAAUUCCAAGCAACUUUUUCUUCUGAACGCACCGAUGCAAAUUAAACUUUGUCCAUAACAAUUUAAAUGAAGCAACCCUUGCGCAGAGUCUGACCAUUCUGCAGUUUUUAACGCAACAAUCAAUUCUCUGCUUACGUUGUACACGGAUUCUACCAUCAACUAUUGCUACUCUAGUUCGUUCGCUCAAACUGAUCCGGAACUUCACCGGUAAACACUGUGCUUUCAUUACAAGUGAAUACUACCUAAAACUAAUAAUUUAAUUUAUUAAUACCGACGAUUCUGGAACUGGAUUUUUUCUCGAUUCGUCUCCGCGAGUGCAAAUUCGAAGUUUUCGGUUUUUCGGAUUACGGAUUUCUCGGUCCGGAUCGCGAUCGGAGUGUGAGGUGUCGGUAUUGUGUUGGCGGAUGUGUUGGAGGUGACUCGGGGGUCGGCAUAGUGCUGCUAGCGGCGGGAACUAGCGGAGCGAGGAUGGCGUGGCGUUGAGACGGAGGAAUGGAUGACUAUGGGCGGCGAAGAGGGUGACAAUGUUGUCAUGUGUCCUCCUGGUCCAGAUGAUGUUCAUCGUCGCCAGCGCUGCCCCGCGAUACAGCUCGCGGAUCGUCAACACCCAGGCCGGAGCUGUCAGAGGGAUAAUCCGGGAAUUGAACUCGCCGCACCUGGAGCCGACGGAGGCGUUCCUGGGGGUGCCGUACGCGGCGCCCCCGGUCGGGGACCUGCGCCUGGCGGCGGCGCGGGAGCCCCUGCGGUGGUCGGGCACGAAGCUGGCCGACACGCUCCCGCCGGUCUGCCCGCAGCGCCCGCCCGACCUCAGCAACGUCACGGCUGUCCUCCAGACCAUGCCGCGCGGCCGCCUCGCCUUCCUCAACCGCCUCGUCCCCUACCUCACCAAUCAGAGCGAGGACUGCCUCAACCUCAACAUAUACGUCCCUGGAAGUGGGAGUCGGGGUAUGGAAGCUCCGUACGCAGUCAUCGUGUUUUUCCACGGCGAGUCCUAUUCUUGGGGCUCAGGGAACCCCUACGAUGGAAGUGCUCUAGCCAGCUACAGUCACGUCAUAUUUGUCGCUGUCAACUAUCGUCUAGGAAUCCUAGGUUUCUUAAAAACCCAUUCAAAAGGAAAAGCAGAGAGCGGGAACUUCGCAGUAUCGGACCUGAUAGCGAGCCUGAGGUGGAUCAAAUCAAACAUAGCUGCCUUCGGCGGUGACCCAGGGCGGGUGACUAUCAUGGGUCACGACACGGGCGCCGCCCUCGCCACAAUCCUAGCUCUAAUGCCUUCAGCAAAAGGUUUAUUUCACCGGGUGAUAGCGAUGAGCGGCUCGAUGCUGUCGCCGUGGGCGGUGGUGCACGACCCGAACGGGGCGCGAGCUAGCAUCGCGGCGGAGCUGGGCUGCGCGCUGGCCUCGGACCUGGCGCCGUGCCUGCGGACGCACACGCUGGCCUCGCUGCUGGCCGUCCGCCUGGUGGCGCCCCGCUUCCUCUCGGCCUUCGGGCCGGCCCUCCCCGCCCCGGAGCCCCUCCGCAUGGUCGAGUCCGCCCCCGAGCACUUCAUCACCACCCAGCUCAUGAUCGGCGUCGCCACCACCGAGAGCUACCACGACUUCAACGCCAACGACGUCCAGUACGGCUUCGAGGAGGACCAGCGCAACCGCAUUCUCAGGACGUUCGUGCGGAACGCUUUCACGUUCCACCUGAACGAGAUCUUUUCGACGGUGCGGAACGAGUACACGGACUGGGACAAGCCUAUCCUGCACCCGAUCAACAUCCGGGACUCGACGAUGGAGGCCCUCAGCGACGGGCACACGGUGGCUCCCUGCCUCAAAUUCGGGUUCCUCCACUCUCGCCGGGGUGCCAAGACCUACCUCUUCCACUUCAACUACCAGUCCAAAGACAGCGAUUAUCCUCAGCGACUUGGGACUGUGCGGGGAGAAGAUUUGCCUUACGUUCUUGGUGUUCCAUUCAUCGCGCAAAGUGACCUGUUCCCUUUCAACUACACCCGCCAAGAUAUCGGAGUUGCUGAGGCUGUCAUGAAUUUCAUCUCGAAUUUCGCCAAAACAGGGGACCCAAACGAACCUCGCGCUUCGGGUGCCGAUUUUGGAGCGCCUAAGGAAAGAUCAAGGUACAAAUCUUUGACGUGGGAUCAGUAUGAUAUCAACACCCAACAGUACCUGAGUAUCGCGGCUAAACCGAAAAUGAAGAGUCACUACCGCGGUCACAAAAUGGCGGUGUGGUUGAACCUGAUCCCGCAGCUCCACCAACCAGGAGACGAUGACGUUAGCAUGCGUCACCAUCACUUCCACGAGAGAGCCAACUACUUCUACGCAGGUGCAGUGAAACCGGAAACGAUGACACGCUCACCGGUCAUGGAAGUGCCCACGGCGCCGGGCUCUAUCUUGGUUGAGUGUCCCCCCAAUGUGACGUCACUGCUCGAGGAAGACGGCCCGGAUGACGUCAUCGACAAUCAACUGGACCUGAAGGACAGUAGCACUGGGGGUGGCAUCGGUCAGCAGGAGGACGAGGAAAACUUGCUCAGGAAACUCACCUCGCGCCAUUAUAGCUAUACAACUGCCUUAGGCAUCACUGUGGGCGUCGGGUGUCUGCUGCUGUUGCUGAACCUGGUCAUCUUCGCCGGGAUCUACUACCAACGGAAGCGGCGGAAAAGGCGGCGGGACUGCUCCUCGGAGAGCUUCAACAGCAUCGCCCUCACGGUCUCCUCGAAGAUGACGUCAUACAUGAGCGAGCCCAAGAGCCCGACCAUCCCGGAACCGCCGCCGCCGCCCAAACAGCUGCCCCCCACCAAAAGUGCCCUAGCCCCAAUCUCAAUCCCGGUCCCCACCCCGUGUCCCCCGGUGCGGACCUGCAGCAGCCUCUCUGUGGCCCCCGGCCCAGGACCCGCUCAGGGACCCGGGCCCCCGCCCACCGUCGUUAAAAAACGAGUCCAGAUUCAGGAGAUAUCCGUUUGAUAAUUCGCUCCUAAUGGAGGUAUAGAAAGUCGGAGCUUGGUUGAAAAAAUUAUCUCGACAGUAAAGGGGUAAUGAGACAAAAUGUCUGUUGAUAAAUGUUCAAAGUACAAAAAGGUCCAAAGUCAAAAAAGUCCAUAUCUAAAACAAGUCCAAAUAUCUGGAAUGUCCAAUAGCGGUAUUAUGGCCAAAAGCAAAAAUGUCAAAAUGUGAAAUAAUUUGACUCAGUGGCAAUAUAAGGAGCUUGGAAGCUCUCUAUAUCAAUAACCAUUGGGAUAAUGAAGAUGCGGUGAUUUAAAGUUUUCCUAACCUGCCACUGGACUUGGGUCAUACACGCACUAGGCAACAAAUUCCAAAGAAGUCAAGAGCAAAUCAGGGUAUAAUCAGAUCAGGACAGAAUCCUCACGCUCGUCCAGAGGUAUCAAGAAUUUAAAGAUGAAGACGGUAUUCCAUAAUAUCUCAGGAGAAUAGCUUAUUAUGCAACGAGCCGCAAGACGAAAGAGAUGAGGAAGUAUGAAGAAUUUCUCCUUAUAGGUAAAUGGUAAUAUCAAUCAUGAUUCACAGUAACCGGACAUUUGGGCAUUUUUAAUUUUGGCGGUGGUACCGCUACCUACUGAACAUUCCAGAUACUUGGACAUUUUUUACUCAUUAACUUUUCUUAUAUUGGACAUUUUUUACGCUAGACAUUUGUUUGGGCGUAUUGACCUAUAUCACCAUUAAGGGUCGUAUAGCCGUCCCUAAAAUAGCUCCUUUCCUCAGGAAGCUAGGUGCGCUUAUCGGACGGACCUCGCUGAAAGCUCAUAUUUGUUCAAACCGCCAGGCAAUCUUAAUCGGUUGUAGUAUAUCAGAAAGUUACCUGGUUAAAUUAUUGACUAACUGUGUCGAUAGUAUUUUCUUUGUAAGAUAGAAUACUUUUUGUACGUUUUUACAAGCUAUAAUUGCAUAUAUUGUAAAUUGUAGAGAAUUCUAUAAAGGUAGGUAUAUGAAUUUAUUUACAGUGCUGACGGAUUUUCCGAGGGCACCUCGAGGUAAAAUCAAUUGUAAUUUGUUGGUAGAGACUUAAAAUGUCCGAAGCACUGAAUUGACUUUGAGCUGAAGUUGUACAAACUUGUAUUUCUUUAAUUUUGAAAAAAAUAUUUAUUUCCUAUAUACUCUUCUCAUUUGACAAUUAACCAUCAGGACUGGUUCCAUAAUGCUAUGAAUUUCCUGUUUUCCCACGUUAAAAAGGCUGUAAAAGAGGAGAUAUUGUAGGUACUGCUGGCAUUUUUCAUGCGAGAGAGAUCAGCUUUUCUAUCCGACGAAUGACGGACAGCGACUAAUUGGACUGCAUUUUGCAAUUAGGAACUAUAAAUUCCGGCCCGGUUUAAAAGCAACGUAUAAGCCAUUAGUUUCCCUAUAUGCACAUAAGUGUUUUUUCACAUGAGCCAGAAUUUAUAGUUCCAAAUUGCAAAAUGCAGUCCAAUUGUAAGACCGCCUGCACUAUACAGCACAGUGGUCUUGAAGCAAACCAAAUGCGGAAAAAAUGUACCCAAAAACGGUUUGCAGGGUUCGAGUCUCCGGUACGUGAAGACUCAAAAUCGUGAAAAAUCCAAAUCUUGGCUGAUCCUAAUUUUGAGAUAUCUUAAUUUCACAUUUUCAUAGUAAAUGCAAGUUUUCUACUGUUUUUGACCCGUUUUUUUUUAUUUACUUGACCAUUUGAAUCGGUCCACGUUUUUAUGUUUCGUUCGAUUUAUGUCGAUCAAAUACAUACCCUCUUGUCACAUGCAGACUGCCCGUCAUACUCUUUUUCUUUUUUAACUGCACAAUUCGCCUUCAGCUGCGUCUGCAGCAAUUGUUAAAGAAUAUGUUGUGCUUGCUGAUUUUAGCUCAUUACAUACUCGACUCUCUGAAGGCGUUUUGUGUGCGCAAGUAGCGCAAUUUGUCGGAGCACGAACUAAGUAGGGAUUCAGCGAUUCGUUCGAUUCGACAGGGUGCUCUACUUUCGCAGGUAAUCGGAGAGGACUGGAAUUCUUCAAAUUAUGUCUUAAAAAAAGUCUCCGUUUGUGACAGACCUAAACAUUAUGAAAUUCGGGCUUACUUCUGUUGAGUUCGCUUUCAUGACAAUUCGGGAAUACAUAUGGGAAAAUUGUGAAUUUUAAUAAUUGAUGAUGAACAAUUUUGCAGCCCUAAAAUGUUAAGUAAGUAUCUCCUCUUUUGCUAUGGCAAACUUUGUCUAUCAAACGAUUAUGAGGAAACAUAGGUACAGCUUAGGCAAUUCGCCCUGUUAGAUAAUUUGUUACUGCUUCACAUGCAGCUGAGUUUGAAAAAUGAUUGGUUGUAAUGUACCUUUGAAAUUGUUUUUAUGUAUAAAAAUCUGUUAUGAUUUCAUUAAACCGUGUCAAAAUUA